AUGGCAGGCUUCCCAAACUCCUGUCUCCUCGGGUCUCUGCUCAUCUUCAUUCUCCUCCAGCUGCCCCAGCUGGAUUCCGCCCCCUUUGAGGUGAUUGGACCCCCGGAGCCCAUCGUGGUGGUGGUGGGGGAAGAUGCCGAGCUGCCCUGUCACCUCUCCCCCAACGCGAGCGCCGAGCGCAUGGAGCUGCGGUGGUUCCGGAAGAAGCUCUCGCCCGCGGUGUUCGUGCGGCGCGAAGCGCGCGAGCAGGCGGGGGAGCAGAUGGCCGAGUACCGGGGGAGAGCGACGCUGGUGGACCACGACAUCACCGCGGGGCGCGUCGCUGUGAGGAUACAUGAGGUCAAGGCCUCUGACGACGGGGAGUACCGAUGCUUUUUCAGGCAGGACGAAAACUACGAAGAGGCCGUCGUGCUUCUGAAGGUGGCGGCCUUGGGCUCUGAUCCUCACAUCAGUAUGGAAGUUCAAGAGAGUGGAGAGAUCAGGCUGGAGUGUACCUCAGUGGGCUGGUACCCAGAUCCCCAGGUGCAGUGGAGAACUCCCAAGGGAGAGGUGUUUCCAUCCAUGUCAGAGUCCAGGAAACCUGACGAAGAAAGCCUGUUCACAGUGGCAGCUUCGGUGAUCAUCAGGGACCCCUCCAUGAAGAAUGUGUCCUGCUGUAUCCGGAACCUCCUUCUCAACCAGGAGAAGGAAGUAGAGAUUUCCAUACCAGCUCCCUCCUUCCCAAGGCUCACUUCCUGGAUGGUUGCUGCGGCUGUCAUUUUGAUGGUCCUAGGACUUUUUACAAUUGGGUCCAUAUUUUUCACUUGGAGGCUAUACAAGGAAAGAUCCAGACAGAGGAAGGAUGAAUUCAACUCUAAAGAGAAACUCCUGGAAGAGCUCAAAUGGAAAAAGGCUACAUUGCAUGCAGUUGAUGUGACUCUGGAUCCAGAUACCGCCCACCCUCACCUCUUUCUGUACGACGAUUCAAAAUCUGUCCGACUGGAGGAUUCACGUCAGAAACUGCCUGAGACACCAGACAGAUUUGACUCCUGGCCUUGCGUGUUGGGUCGUGAAGUCUUCACAUCAGGGAGACAUUACUGGGAGGUGGAGGUGGGAGACAGGACUGACUGGGCGAUCGGGGUGUGUAGGGAGAACGUGAUGAAGAAAGGGUUUGACCCCAUGACCCCCGAGAAUGGGUUCUGGGCUGUGGAGUUGUAUGGAAAUGGAUACUGGGCUCUCACCCCACUCCGGACCCCUCUCCCGCUGGCGGGACCCCCUCGCCAGGUUGGGAUCUUCCUAGACUAUGAGUCAGGGGACAUCUCCUUCUACAACAUGACUGACGGAUCCCACAUCUAUACUUUCUCCAAUGCCUCUUUCUAUGGCCCCCUCCGGCCCUUCUUCUGCUUGUGGUCCUGUGGUAAAAAGCCCCUGACCAUCUGCCCAAUCACUGUUGAGCUUGAAGGAGUCACAGUAGUUGCUGAUGCCAAGGACCUUUCUAAGGAGAUUCCACUGUCCCCAAUGGCGGGGGACUCUGCCUCUGGGGAGACUGGCACCCUCCGUUCUAAACUAAUCCCUCCCCAGCCCAGUCAAGGGGUAUCCUAAGGAAUAUCGCAGCUCAGCUGUUUCCCUUUGCUCUUACCUUUCUCCUCCAUCAACCCCUGAGACUUCACCUGCCAGCUUUCCCCAGCCCCCAUUCCUUCCUGUUGGGUAGGGAGUAGUUAGUCUUGAGAAGGUUGUGCUGCCACUGAUAGAGAGUGUGGGGUGUAGGACCUUCCUAAUCUGUUUCUGUACCAAUAUUCAGGGAGUGGGGAGGUGACUCAAACUGCAUCUCGUGUCCUCCUCUCCCUUGACGCCAAAUCCUAUAGGGAGGGACUUGAAACUGAGGGAUCAAGAUGGGGUUAGGCUGCUGGCAUAGGGUUGUGACAGAAACAUCUUGGUGUCCAUAGUAAGGAUAUGUAGAGGAACAGAUUUUAGGCAAGCAGAAAACCCAAAGGCUCCCAGGAAGGGAAGAUCAGAGGCUAAAAUCCCCUAAAGGAACUUGGAGACAAUGUGAUAAUAGAGGAAAGUAAGGUGAACUCAGGCCCGUGAUGAACAUCUGGCUUAGCCAUAGAGCUUUAGGGCUUGUAUCUCAAAUUUUCUAAGUCAUGUCCUACAGGGUAGGAUCUGAGCAAUUGGGAAGGGGAGUAAAGAAGAGAUGAAAUGAGCAGGGCUAGGGGGCCAGACAGAAUGUGUGAUAGAGGAGAGAAUUUUAAAUAAAAUUCAAAGGCAGUGUUUGCCUCGGACCUGCUUCCCUCUCUGCACCACCCCCCACCCCCAUUUCUCCCUUGCCCGGGGCUCGUUCCAGCCUCACUUGUCAACUCCACAAGUUUCCCAGUUCUCUUCUUCCUUUUGAUCUAGAAUCUCUCCAUUUCAGCGGCAUUUCCAAGACUCAUCUUUCAGUGAUAGCACCACUUUAUCAGCCAUUGUCUCAGCCUCAUGCUCUCUCAAUCCUUCUCCCAACAUUUGGUUUAAGCCCCCUCAACCACACCUUUAAUUAGCUUCAACCACCAUCCAUUUCCACACCAGGCCACCCUUCACCCUCUCCCCACCCAGCUUUCCUACGUGCUACUUCUCCUCAGGGUCCCCUGACGGCUGCGUCACUGUGCUCAGCACAGCUAGAUUGCUUGCACCUAUUUGGAUUCGCACCCUUCUGUAUACGUGUGUCUCGUCUUGCUAAGGACUGCACAUUUACCCAGGCUCCCACUUCCCAUUUCCACUGUGUUUUUCCGGUUUCCAGGAUAGCGUUCGCCCAUGGU